UACAUUCUUUUAACUUUGGCUGUGUUUUUAUUACACAGAUGUCAAGUUUGUUGCAGCCCUUAUCUACAUAAUACUGGCUUGGUUCCCAAGGCAGCUCAUCUGGUUUUAUAGUGAAGAGGACAAUGAGUGUGGAUAUCCCAGUUUAUCAAUAUCCUAAUUUCAAUUUUGUUGGCCACCUCUUUGGUCCUAGAGGGAACUCACUCAAGAGAGUAAAGGCAAGUAUUGAGUGUCGUGUUCUAAUCAAAGGACGUGGUAGCAUCAAGGAUCCUGUUCAGGAAGAGAUGAUGCAGGGGAAACCUGGGUAUGAGCAUCUGAAUGAACCUCUCUACAUAUUUGUUGAGGCAGAAUUGCCAGUAGAGAUAGUUGAUGCUCAUUUAAUGCAAGCACGUGAAAUACUUGAAGAUCUACUGAAGCCUGUGGUAACUUAUUCUUCUACACCUGAACCUUAAGAGUGCUAAGGUAGAGGAGUAUGCUAGAAGCCACCCACCGCCUGAAUGUGACCUCGAGAAAUGGAAAAACUUGAUUGACAUGAAGUGGAAUGAUAGCAAUUGGCUGAUAAACUUUUCUUAUGUUUAUUUAUUGUUGACAAUUACCUUGUGUCUUC